UCACCCCUUUCCCCUCAUCGCCCAUUCCAUACCCUUUCCUCUUCGUCUCCUUCUCCCUUGUUUAUAAUUACUCAGUUGGUGUGUAGGUCGGCUGAGUUUCACACAUAAAACUUGAGCUUUUCCUUCUUUUCCGUACCAAACCUUCCUUUCUCAACCUUUGUCGUUUAAUUUCGCCUUCAGCACCGUGUGUGCGCGUGAGAGAGAGAGAGAGAGAGAGAGAGAGAGAGAGAGAGAGACAAGAAACAGAGCAUACUCUGUAAACACACGCGCGCACUCACACGCACACAAACGCUUCAUCUCUCAUGGGUUACGAGAAAAAUGGUUACCCUCCAAUGGAGGUCUCCCUCGAGCUCGGCAACAAUGGCGACUCCAAAUUCUACGACGAGGACGGUCGCCCUAAGAGAACAGGGACGGUGUGGACGGCGAGCGCGCACAUCAUCACCGCGGUGAUCGGCUCCGGCGUGCUCUCGCUUGCGUGGGCCAUCGCGCAGCUCGGGUGGGUCGCCGGCCCCGCCGUCAUGAUCCUGUUCUCCUUCGUGAUCUACUACACCUCCUCCCUCCUCGCCGAUUGCUACCGCUCCGGCGAUCCCUCCACCGGAAAACGCAACUACACGUACAUGGACGCGGUUCAUGCCAACCUUGGUGGGCUCAAGGUCAAGCUUUGUGGAUUCAUCCAGUAUGCUAACCUCUUCGGAGUCGCCAUCGGGUACACGAUCGCGGCGUCCAUUAGCAUGAUGGCGAUAAGGAAAUCGAACUGUUACCAUGAGAAAGGCCACAAGAACCCGUGCCACACCUCUAGCAACCCUUACAUGAUCCUGUUCGGCGUCAUCGAGAUCGUGUUCUCGCAAAUUCCCGACUUUGAUCAGAUAUGGUGGCUCUCCAUUGUUGCUGCGGUCAUGUCCUUCACGUAUUCUACCAUUGGCCUCUCCCUCGGCAUAGCCCAAGUUAUAGUUAACAAAGGAGUUAAGGGUAGCUUAACUGGCGUCAGCAUCGGCUCCGUCACACAGACGCAGAAGAUCUGGCGCAGCCUUCAAGCCCUCGGCGACAUCGCCUUCGCCUACUCCUACUCCAUGAUUCUCAUAGAGAUCCAAGACACAAUAAGGGCUCCGCCGCCAUCGGAGUCGAAGGUGAUGAAGAAGGCGACGCUCCUCAGCGUGGCAGUGACCACAGUCUUCUACAUGCUGUGCGGAUGCAUGGGUUACGCCGCCUUUGGCGACAAUGCUCCAGGAAACCUCCUUACUGGCUUUGGCUUCUACAACCCAUACUGGCUCCUCGACAUCGCCAACGCUGCCAUCGUCGUCCACCUUGUCGGCGCCUAUCAGGUCUACUCCCAGCCUCUCUUCGCCUUUAUCGAGAAGUGGGCCGCUCGGACCUGGCCUGACUCGACCCUCAUUUCGAAAGAGAUUAGGAUUCCCCUCGGCCCGACCAAGUCCUACAAUCUCAACCUCUUCCGACUGGUCUGGCGGUCGGUGUUCGUCGUGUUAACGACGAUCAUAUCGAUGCUCCUACCAUUCUUCAACGACGUGGUGGGCCUCCUCGGCGCACUAGGGUUCUGGCCGCUGACCGUCUUCUUUCCGAUCGAGAUGUACAUCAUCCAGAAGAAAGUUCCGAAGUGGAGCACGAAGUGGGUGUGCCUCCAAACGCUCAGCCUCGCAUGCCUCGUCAUUUCCAUCGCCGCGGCCGUCGGCUCCAUCGCGGGCGUCGUGUCCGACCUCAAGGUCUACAGGCCGUUCAAAUCCAGCUCGUGAAGCCGAUAAGAUAAAUGACUAAAACAUAGUUAACGUUACACUAGAAUUCUACUUGUUGUAAUGUAUGUUGUUGUCAUUACUAUUUUCUUCGGUGAGCUGUAGAAUCUUCAUAGAAAGUUAAAGUGUAUGAAUAAAAUUUUAAGGAGUAAGAAGAAGAUACGAUGAUUCCCGACCAAACGAUUUGUCUAAAAAUUCCUCGUAGAAAGUUCCUUCAUAUUAAAGUAAAGGAAUGAGGUGUUAAAUAGCGCUUUGUGUGCGGACAA